AUGGCGGACCUUGGAAGUGCAUCGGCUACCUUGCCAGGCAAUGCGUACGCCGAUGCUUUUGUUCGAGGUCAAGCCAGAGAAGGCGUGAGCCGAGUGCAGGCUCGGCUGGGCAAAGCCAGACAUCUGAAUGAUGACCUGUGAGUGUUCUUGUGGGCUUGAUCUGACGUGCGGUAUUGUUCGUUGGCACUCACGACCUACCUCGCUCUCACAUCUCGCACCUCGCACCUCGCACCUCGCGCAGAGCCGAUUACUUUGCCGCGCGUCGAGAGGUAGAGGCAGCGUACCUCAAAGCUCUCUCGCGCAUCGCCAAGCGUCCUUUCAUCUCUGAUCCUACUGUCCUCGGCGGAUUUGCACCAGUGUAUGAGAGACUUGCGCUGGAGCUAGGCGAGCUCGCUUCCGUUCAUGGAGAGCUCGAAGGACGACUGGAAGAGGCAGAAGCGGUGCUUCGUACAGCAUCCACGCGUGGAGAGUGGUCGAGAGUCAAGGAGGUGAGUGGGUAUGGCGAUGAAUGAUGUCCAAGUUGCGCCUUGAGGCUAAAAUUUUCUCCUCGACAUUGCUCACUUCACCAGCACGAUGAGAGCGUAUCUGCUGCCCUCAGGGAAAUUGCAAGCUUAGAGUCUCAACUCGCAAAGGAUCAGAAGAAAGCGGAGAGCGCUUCGUCGAAGAAGGUUGCUGCAGCCCAAAACAAAGCUAGCGAAACGGCUGCGCAUUUAGCACAGGCUAACGAUGCGUGGGAGACUGAAGCGCCUUUUGCUUUUGAGGCGUAUCAAAGGAUUGAUAAGGCACGCUUAGAUCUGUUGAAAGAGACCAUCACCAAAUGGGAGACUGUUCAAAGUGAUGCUGCGACAAGGCUUAUGUCGACAGCCGAAAAGACGAUGCAGGCCUCUCUAAGCUUCGACACACAAGCAGAGAUGACGGAGUUCAUCCUUAAGCAAGGCACCAGCAAAGGCUUGCCGUCUGUACAGGGACGCCCUGAUGCAACUAUAAGAGCGCAACAAGGUGCCUCCCCGGUCACAAGUGCAAGUGCUCGUGGACCUGCUCCAGGUGCACCGGCCCCUAGCAAUGGUCGCAAUGGAGCCGCGCCCGGCCUUGCGGAAUUUGGAGGCGUGGGCAGUAGCGCUGCGUCGGUACAUUCAACCGGUGCCGGGGCCCCAGACUCUGCGAGUGUGGCUCAGCAACAGCCAACAGGAAGGGGUAGCACUCUCAAGUCUGCCUUGACGCGCAUUGGCAGGGGUCGUUCCGGCAAAGGCGCAAACGAGAUGUUGACUUCGUACGGCUCACUCCCUGAGCAGCCCGACAGUAUGGGACCUCCUCAAGUACCUGCUAUCUCGUCAAGUGUCUCUCAGCGCGCUCCCCGUUUGUCGCUAAGUGGCAACGACGCCCGGGAAGGUCUUCCUCCGAUCGGCAUGGCACCCCUCGUGCCGGCCACUAGAGGGGUGAGUGGCGAUACUUAGUGACCUUCGACAACCGGUCUGAUUACUAAAUUGAGUUUCCAUGCCAAACAGACAAGUACCGAAGCAUCUCCGGCCGCACCUCAGGUGGACGCCGAGGGCUACUCUAUUCCACCGCCAGACCGCAAGCCUUGGGAGCCAACCGCUGGGGCUUCGCUCAUGGACGAGGACGCAUCAGAAGAAAUUUCAGACCUGUGAGUCACAAGCUCGCCCUCGCCUGGGUGCUCUGACUGACAUCGCUCAUCCCCUAUCCUGCAAAUGCGUCACAGUCCUCGCGUGUCUGGCAUGAACAUCUCAAGUAAAGCGGUCACGCCUAAGCCCGAAGACUCUGCACAGGACCAGGCCGCCCUCGAACGUGUGCGCAGCACCUUGCUCACAGCGCGGACUCCACCGACUGCCCCAUCACGCCGGAAUACCACCCGGAGAGACCGCAGGGACGUGCGCAACACGACCUACAAUCCCAAUCUCAACCUUGAUGCGGGCACAUCGACCGCCACGAUUGGGGGACCAGUCGCGAGCCCGAUCGCGGCAUCGACUACAGCAAGCCGCUUUGACCCAGACCGUACUCAAAGCAUCGUCUCGAUGACCUCGAUGUCGGGUGCUGCUGGCAGCCCUUUCGAAGCCGCCAGCGCUGGUGUGGGAGGCGCAGCGGCAGCAUCAGCUCCCGGCCUUCGCGCAGCUGUGACAGAGACUGUCAACGUCAUCUUCGAUGGCAGGGACAUACAGCGCAUCAUGAUUGUCGGAGAGCUGAGCGUCACUCUCAAAGACAUUGGGACAACUGAGCCCUUGCAUCUUCGGCUCGACGCAUUCGAAGAGCUCGAGAAGGCGGCACCGAAUCCAGCAUUUGUACAGUCAAUACCCGAUCGACCUGGAGAAUACAGGUUGGACGUGGCUAGUCUUGUGAGCAAAGGCGGAGCCGGCGUGCUGCUCAAGUAUCAGCUGCAUGUGUCGGAAAGCAGGAAGAGGGACUACGUUCCUUUGGAUGUGGUUGCACAGUGGCGCUGUGAGCAACACCAAACAUCUCUGCUUUGCAACUACACGCCAAAUACAACCAACAAGCUGCUUGCUUCUGGUAUCGAUGGCCUGCCAGGUGAGGUUAUCGCAUCUACGCUGCAGGAUGUCAGCUUCGUCGCCACGAUUCAGCCCUCGAACGUGGCCGGACACAUGAGCAAGCCUGUCGGGACUUGGUCAGCAGAGCAUAAGAGGAUGUUCUGGAAGCUCGAUCACACGGAGACCGCGAGUGCUGGCAAGGUACUUGCGCGAUUUCAGGUGGAUGCGCCCACCUCGCCCAGCGGCGUUCAAGUGAGAUGGAAAGUGAUUGGUCGCACCGUCUCCGCACUAGGCGUCAACGUAGUCAGCGACUCAACCAUUGCGCCAUCCGCUCUCCGAUUUGAUAGCGUGGCGCGGUCCACUGUAUCGGGCAAAUAUGUCGCGAAUCCGGUCCAGUCCUAG